AUGGCUCAUCAAAAGCGUGAAGGCAGCUCCGCUGAUGAUGAUUGUACAUCCAAGCGCCUCAAAGGCACCGACACUGCUUCUGAAACGGGGGGCAGUGUAGAGGCUAGUGUUUCACAGCAAAUGGAUGCUGAAGCUAGGAGAACCUGCCAGAAGGAAAGCGAAGUGCCAUCGGACAAAUGCGUUCCGGAUGGGGAAGCCGCUGCAAACUCUCAGGUUUCGGGCGAGCAGAAGAUGGUACUGACUGCCGUCGAGGCAGAUGCGGCGGAGGACAAGGGUUGCAGGCACACUAUGGAGGACGCCUGGGUGGUGCUUCCUGAUGGUGAUGCUGAAUCCCCAGGAAGUUUGAGGUGUGCACAUUUUGCGAUUUAUGAUGGGCAUGGUGGUCGCUUGGCGGCAGAUUAUGUGCAGAAGCAUUUGCAUCAGAAUGUCAUCGCUGCAGGAUUACCACGUGAGUUGAUGGAUGUUAAAGCUGCAAAGAAGGCCGUAAUUGAAGGUUUCCGUAGAACUGAUGAAUCUUUACUGCAAGAAAGUACUAAAGGAAAUUGGCAAGAUGGUGCGACAGCUGUAUGUGUUUGGAUUCUGGGACAGACGGUUGUGGUUGCGAAUGCUGGAGAUGCUAAAGCAGUAUUGGCUCGUUCUAUUUCAACUGAGGGUGAAGGUGUGGUUGCUGAGACCAAAAGUCAACUAAAGGCUAUCGUUUUGACAAGAGAACAUAAAGCCAUCUUUCCACAGGAGCGCUCCCGAAUCCAAAAGGCUGGAGGUUCUGUUGGUUCUAAUGGAAGACUACAAGGUCGUAUUGAAGUAUCAAGAGCUUUCGGUGAUCGCCAGUUUAAGAAGGUUGGGUUGAUUGCAACACCAGACGUCCACUCCUUUGAACUUACUAAGAAAGAUCAUUUCAUCAUUCUAGGGUGUGAUGGCUUAUGGGGAGUAUUUGGACCAGGCGAUGCUGUUGAAUUUGUUCAGAAUCAGCUGAAGGAGACCUCAUCAGCCACACUUGUAGUGCGCCGCCUUGUGAAGGAAGCUGUUCGCGAGAGGCGUUGCAAGGAUAACUGCACUGCUGUUUUGAUUGUCUUCAAGCACUAG